CUCCCUAGUUCCUACUCCGCGCAUACACAUUCCCCUGCGAUCUGAGGUGCGCCCCCCAUCGUCGAGACCGAGCUUGCCAUGUCUCCGCCGCCGUCGCCGUCGCCGUCGUCUUCGUCUCCGGCGAGGGGGGUGGCGGCGGAGGGGGCGGUGGAGAGCGUGGUGGUGGUGCACAACGUGGCGAAGCGGCACAACGUGGGGACGCUCGCGCGGAGCGCCGCCGCGUUCGGCGUCUCCGAGGUGGUCGUCGUCGGCCGCCGCGACUUCAACUCCUUCGGCAGCCACGGAUCCACCGCCCACCUCCGCUUCCGCCACCUCUCCUCCCUCCCCCUCGCUCGCCGCUACCUCAAGGAGGAGAGGGACUACGACAUUUGCGGGGUGGAGAUCGUCGAUGGCGCCAUGCCCGUCACCGACCACCCGUUCCGGAAGAGCACCGCUUUCCUCCUCGGCAAUGAGGGCACCGGUCUCUCAGAGAGAGAGUGUGAGAUCUGCGACUUCUUCGUCUACAUACCACAGUACGGUGGUGGGACUGCCUCGCUCAAUGUUACGGUUGCUGCAUCCAUUGUGUUGCACCAUUUCGGAGUUUGGGCUGGUUUUCCUGAGAGAGUCAGAGAGGGCAACAAAUUUGUCGUUGCUGAGAAACCGAGCAAGCAAGCGAGGAGGAACUACUGCGCGGAAUCAAUCGAAGCUAUUGUCGAGGAACGGAAGCAUAGAAAAGAGAAUGCUCGCGUGGACAUUUUCGAAGAGAACGGAAGCAACGAAUCUCAAGUAACAAGCACCCUAGAAGCAAUGUUUGUUGGUUAACUACGGAUGAGAUUGAUUGCAGGGGAAAAGCUUCUGAAAUGCCGAGGUGGUUUUCGUGCAACUCAGGUCGGGAAGGCAUAAUCGGUUUAUGGUUAAUGAUGAGUGAAAACUAUGUAGCUGUGGUAAUCUCAUCUCCACCGGCUAUGCAAAGGAUAAAAUCACUGGUCCGUGAUAAAUUAAGAUCCCCACGAGUCGUAAAUCGAGGUUAAUCUUGCAUGGGAAAUCUCGAAAUUUUAUGUGGAAAGCAUAUAACAUUCUCGGAAUGUUUGAAAUUCAUGUAUAAUGAACCACUUCGUUGUGUGAGAGCUAUUUUCUGAGUUGAUCAGUCACAUAAGAGCAGUUCUCUUUAUAAAGGUAAUGAUAAUUUGAUAACAUAAUCUUCUUCUGUAGUAUUUUAAUGAUCCUGUUUCCUACUGUUUGUGUAUAAAACAUAUGUAAUACUCAAUCUCAGGUGUCUAAUUCAUUUUUUA